AUGACUAUUCUGAAAGAAAAACUGAGUGAUUUCAAAGAGAAAUUUGAACAAGCACAAAAACUAGUCGAUGAAUGUAAAGUUGAUACUCUUGAGCCAUACAAAAAUCAUUAUAAAUCAAAAGAAAUUUUAAUCGAUUUGGAAGUGAAGCUUGAAAAAACGAUUGAACAAACAGAAAACGAACAGGAUUUGUUGGUAUUUCGUGCUAUUUUAGGAUAUGUUCAGAAGGAUAUUGGGAAGAUUUGUUCUUUUGUUGAAGAAACAAAUCAAGCGAAAAUUUACUUGAAUAAAUCAUUGGAGCUUCUUGAAGGAAACAAAAACGAGCCUGAAAUUAUCAUUUGUUAUGUCGAUACUCUCAAUCAACUUGGAAUUUUAUGGUCAAAGCUGCAGGACAAUGAAAAAUCUUUGGAAUAUCUUCUGAAAAGUGAGAAAGCCGCUAACAGUUUUAAAAAAUUCGGCAAGCAGCCGCUCACAAUUUUCGAUAUUUUUGGAACGUCUGAUGAAAUAGAAAAAGGAAAAGGCAAGGAAUGUUUAGAGAAGAAUCUUACUUUAACAUUCUUUUAUCUAGCACAAGUAUAUGGUGCCGUAAGUAAUCUCGAAGCAUCUGGAUUAUAUUGUCAUUUAACAUUGAAACGUCAACUGGAACUCGAAGAUUAUGAACCAGUUGAAUGGGCAUUAAAUGCUGCAACUCUUUCUCAGUUUUACUUUGCUAAAAAUAUGCUCAAGCAAUCUCGUCAUUUGUUGGCUGCUGCAAACUACAUGAUGGGAAAAUAUUCCGAUGAACUUGAACAGAAAGAGAUGAGUGAAGAUCAACGAGCAGCUGCCAUGGAAAAUUUCAAACAUCGUAGUGCUGAUGUUGAUUUAUGCUUUGCUAAAUAUUGCAUUUAUAUACUUACAACAUCUAUUGAACGUCUCAUGCAGGAGAAAGAAGAAUCGCAUAAGGAAACUGAUCCAAUUCAAUUUCAAAUCAAUGAGAAUUGUGAAAAAUUCAAUUUAGAUUUGUCGCUUUACGAACGGGAAGUUGUUGAUGAUUUUGUACUUACAUUUGAGGAUGCAAAGGAAGUUUUCCUCGCUGCUCAAUCUUAUUUAAAUAAAGCAAAGGAAUAUUAUUCACUUGAAAAUGAAGCAUCGCAACAUGCAAGAAUUGUUCAAGAUUACGCUCACAUCUUCAAGCAUCUCGCAUUCUUCGAAGACGAACCAGGUGUUCAAUCAAAACUUCACAAACGAAGAGCUGAUCAGUUAGAAGAAGUUUUAACUCAAUUAAAUCCAACAUAUUAUAUGAAUAUUUGUCGAGAACUUAUGUUUGAACUCGGCUUAACUUAUUCCGAUAUGCUCGACAUAAAAUGUGAUUUGCUGAAGUUUAAUGAGGUUCAGCCAACCGCUCUUUCCAAAAUUAACACGCUUUGUCAUAAGGCGAUCAAUAAGUUUAAGGAAUUUGAAAACACUUACAGAGAUAAGAAGACUGGAGAAAUUCCAGAUAAUCUCGAUGUCGACGAACUUCAAGUCGUUGCAUGCGCCAACUUUAAUUUGGGUCGACUUUAUUACAAAAUCAUCACUCCUGAUAAGAAAAUGCAGUUGGAAAACACAUCAAGCAGUUACAAGCAUUACAAGACUUUCAUUGAUUAUUGUGAGAAGCAUCAAACAAUUGCUGAACGAAUGAAGGGUGAAUAUGGCGUGACCAAAAAUAUGUGCGAGCUUCUUCCGCUGAAGAUUAAAAAGCUGAUGGACGAAAGCAAGCAAUAA